AUGAUAAGAAGGAGCAUAUCUCAGUUAUUGAGAAGCACCAAUAACACACGAAUAAUACCAAAUUCAAGUCGACAUUUUAUACAGCAAUAUCAGCAACCACUACUCAAAAGAUUUUUAAAUUCUACAUCAUUUCUAAAUCAUGGUCACUUACACAAACCAAAACCAGGAGAAGAACUUCAUAUAACAUUUAUAACAAAAGAUGGACAACAAUUAACAUAUGAAGUAGCAGAAGGUGAUAAUAUAUUAGAUAUAGCUCAAGCUCAUAAUUUAGAUAUGGAAGGAGCUUGUGGAGGAUCAUGUGCAUGUUCAACUUGUCAUAUAAUAGUUGAUCCAGAAUUUUAUGAUGAAAUUCCAGAACCUGAUGAUGAUGAAAAUGAUAUGUUGGAUUUAGCUUUUGGAUUAACUGAAACUUCAAGAUUAGGAUGCCAAGUUAAAAUGACAAAAGAAUUAGAUGGAUUAAGAGUUGCAUUACCUGCCAUGACUAGAAAUUUACAAAAUAAAGAUUUUAACUAA